UGAAAACAUCAUUGCAUCAUUGAACACGGCCGCGUACGCACGCCAGCGAACCGCAAGCGCGCUAUUUUUAUACAAUUUCGUACUUGAUAAAUACAAAGAGUUUUGUGUUGUGGCAUUUUCUUUGUGAAGAUGAGCGGAAAUUUCCUGACGAUCCCCAGCGACGACCACAUUACGAAGCGUUCACGGAGUUCGUCACUGACAGACCUGAUAUCGGCGUUCGACACAAAAGCACAGACACACAGCGACCUGCAGAAAGUCACCGCAUUCAGCGGUUCCUUUGACAAAAACCACAAACCGACAUUCUCCAAAGAUGAGUACGGCAAGCCCAUCCCGGGGUCGAUGACCGAGUUCAGAGGAGCAGAAGCUCAGGCUCGAGUUUGUACUGAAAUGAAGGAACUUUGCGAAAUAAUAAAUGAAUACGGUAAAGCUCCUUGCAAAAGUCUGUUGCCACCAGAACUACAGUGUGCGACCAAAGUCAUAUCAUUUGGGGAACUGUUUUCAAUUUACACCGUAAUAUCUGACAAACUAGUCGGUAUACUUCUAAGGUCUAGAAAGCACCACUUAUCAUAUUUCGAAGGAGAAGUUUUAUUCCAGAAACGGGAUGACGAUGUGCCCAUAUUCCUCAUGCAGCCAAUCGACGAUAUCAGAACUUAUUGUAAUAACAAAGCGUUACAAGCCCGAAGAUCAGUGUCACCUAUGCCAGAAAGAAAUUGAGCUAGAAAUGAUAUAUUUCAGUUAUGUGUAAUGUACUUGUGUACACUACACAUAAGCCAUAAUAGCCAAUGAAUACUUAUUUAUGUGAAUGGUACUUUUUUCUAAAUAUGAUCCAUAUUCAAUAAGUAUAUUUAUUGUAGUUCAAUACUUAUUCACCGUCGCAUAGCAUGCUGCUUAAUUUAUAUUUUAGUGAAAUUUUAUAAGGUUUAAUAUAAAAAAAAUAACCUAUAUUGUUCCCUUGUCCACCAAAAUGGUAUUAUUAUAAUAAACAAAAUUAUUUUAAUAUCAAGACCAACCGACAGUUACUAAAGAAAAUAAGAAAUUAUUUUCAAACUUUUUUCUAAUAUAAAUAAAUUUUUACUCAGUGACAUUUAUUUCGUAUAAAAUAAUAUUUUAUAUAAUUAUAUAUAUUUGAUGUAUUUAUAUUAGUAUUGUAUAAGAUAGACAAAGAUAGCAUAGAAAAGAUAUUCGAAAAAAAGGGACCUGUAAUUGUAUUGUUGCUUUUGUCUAUAUUGCGAUGUGGAAAAAAUAUAUUUUAAAACUGCACAGAAAAUUGUGAAAAUUAAAUUUGUACACAUCUAUUUUUAGGUUAAUUUUAUCUAGUCUAUCCACUAGUCCAUAUAAAUGAAAAGAUUUUUUUUUAUUUACUCUCGGUGAGAGACGUUAUUGUAAUAUUUGAAAAAUACCUAAUUUUAGUGAUAAUUAUUCAUAUUUUGUUUAUUUUAAUUGACAAAAACUUGUUUUAUAUUUUAAAAAAAACGCAUAAUAUUUAUUCAGUUUAUACAUCAGAAGUCGUAACAUUAUUACCUACCACAUUUGUUUUGUUUACCUAACUCAAUAUAUGUAUAUGUGGGAGAUAAAGAUUAUUUCAUAAUAGUACAAUAUGAUAUAAGUGCGGUAAGUUGAAAAUUACAGCCGAGGCAAUAUUGCUAGCCCGAGCCGUAGGUCGAGGGCUACAAGAAAGCAGAGGUUGUAUGUCACUAUGUACGUAUGUCAUCAUACGUGUAUUGAAAAUUACAACCUUACGACGUUUUAUAACAUAUUUGCGAUUAAAUAAAUAUAGGAUUCAAUAAAACACGGAAACAAAUAAAUCUUCAAUUACUUGUUAAAGCAGUUUUAAAGUAAAUUAAUAUCUUUGAGUUUUCUUACCGAUAAAUGGUUGUAAUUUAUUGUCAACAUUAAUUUAAAGAAAUAAAUGUUUAUUUAUUGUAUCUCCUAAAGUUAAUUUUAUUCAAACAAUGUUGACUACUUUUCUCACAUAAAAACUCUUUGCUAAGAUUUUAAAAAUUAUCGUUGGUUAAGACCGAGCAUCUUGAUAAACCGUGCGUUUUACUUAAAAAAAACUUGUACGUUUUACAUUACAAUAACGCAAUUUGGUAAAUUAUGUGACCCUUUACGAGCAAAUUUAUUAUAAAAUAUAUUUUUUUAAUCCAAUAGAUUUAACACUGGCAAUAAAGAAUUCUCAAGGGAAGGUCAGUUGAAAGAAAUCAGAAAAAAAGAGGGACUGAAGAUAUUGUAGAGACGAUGUAAAAUGUUUUAAGAAUAAAAUGAAAGAUUCGUUGCUUUUCGACCUGAUUUUAUCUAAAAUAUCCCCACAUAUAUUAUUAUAAACAAUUGUAUAUAUACCUUUAUAUAACUAACAUUUGGUUUAUCGUUUGUUAUUCUAUACUUAGUUUUAAGACAAAUAAAUAAAUAAAUAAGACAGCUUUGUAAAAAUGCUUAUUUACUUUACACAAUAGAUUAGAACCUAAUGAUAAUGUAAAAGCAAUUUAUUUUCAACAAAAAUAAGUACAUUAAUAAAUAAAAAAAAUGAUGUGCCAUGAAAAUGUCAUCAUUCAAACACAAUAGUAAAUAAUGUUUAAUAUG